GAAGAAGAGCAAUUAAGUUCAACUCUCUUUCUCUUUAAAGAAACAAAUUCUGGGGAAUCGAUUUCACAUUCUGUUCUUCAAUUCUGCUUACAGAAUGUUGGGAUAUUCCAAAUUCUUGCGCCGGAAGAACGAGGAAAUGGAGAAUGUCCCUCCCAACUCUAGAGACUCAUUGGGAUCUCAAGCGAGUCACGACUCAUCAACUCGGGCUCCACUCAUCUCCAUUCCGGUGCCUACAGCAAACCCUAAACCAGAACCAGAAACGAGUUUCCGGUGUCGAAUAGACAGGACUCCGACUAAGUCCAAAUCCAGAAACCCUGAUUCCACAUUGCCACUUAGGACACCUGACAAACAUGGUGGUUUGUCAAAGAAUCGUUUAGGAUGGGCUCAGAGAAAUGAUAACAGUGAUGAUGUGAGGACUGAUGCAAGAAAUAUGACACCUAAGGUUAGUAAGGGAGUGGGUAGGGCUAAUUCAUGUUAUUCUGAGACUAAUUCAACUCAGAAUACGCCUACAAAGAGCGCCAGUAAGCCUCCAACUCCAGGUUAUAAGAGCAGGAUUGAUGGGAAUGGAGGCAUUCGUGGGGGAAAUUUUUCGGCAUUGUAUAGAGGGAUUCCCAGCUCUUUUGGUCCAACUACUGUUGUUGAUACGGUUGAAGUGCCUCACUUUGAUCUUAAGGAGGACCCUUCGUUUUGGAUGGAUCACAAUGUACAGGUUCUAAUACGUGUCCGUCCUCUCAAUAGGAUGGAGAAGAGUAUGGAUGGCUAUAAUAGGUGCUUAAGGCAGGACAGUGCUCAGAGCAUCAGUUGGAUUGGGCAACCAGAAACUAGAUUCACAUUCGACCAUGUGGCAUGUGAAACGAUUGAUCAGGAAAUGCUUUUUAGGAUGGCUGGUCUGCCGAUGGUGGAGAAUUGCUUAUCUGGCUACAAUAGCUGUAUGUUUGCAUAUGGCCAGACAGGAAGUGGUAAGACACAUACGAUGAUUGGUGAAAUUCAAGAUUUGGAAGUCAAACCAAGUCCACACCGGGGAAUGACUCCACGAAUAUUUGAGUUCUUAUUUGCAAGGAUUCAAGCUGAAGAGGAAAUCCGGAGGGAUGAGAAGCUAAAAUACAAUUGCAAGUGCUCUUUCCUAGAAAUUUAUAAUGAACAAAUAACAGACCUACUUGAUCCCUCAUCCACUAAUUUGCAAAUUAGGGAGGAGGUUAAGAAAGGAGUUUAUGUGGAAAAUCUGUCCGAAUUUGAAGUUCAGACAGUGAAUGAUAUUUUGAAGCUUUUAGCUCAGGGUUCUUUAAAUAGGAAAGUUGCAGCAACAAACAUGAAUAGAGAGAGCAGUCGUUCACAUAGUGUGUUCACAUGUGUAAUUGAGAGCAGAUGGGAAAAAGAUUCCACAACAAAUCUAAGGUUUGCCAGAUUAAACCUAGUUGAUCUUGCUGGUUCAGAAAGGCAGAAAACCUCUGGGGCUGAGGGUGAGCGUUUAAAGGAAGCUGCCAACAUUAACAAAUCCCUGUCAACGCUAGGUCAUGUAAUAAUGAUUCUGGUGGAUGUGGCGCAUGGGAAGCCAAGGCAUGUUCCUUAUAGAGAUUCAAAGCUGACCUUUCUUCUUCAGGACUCUCUUGGGGGAAAUUCUAAGACAAUGAUAAUUGCUAAUGUCAGCCCUUCUGCCUGCUGUGCAACUGAAACUCUGAACACUCUAAAGUUUGCCCAGCGUGCAAAAUUGAUUCAGAACAUUGCUGUGGUGAAUGAAGACUCAACAGGGGACGUUUUUGCACUACAACAUCAGAUACGUCUUCUAAAGGAGGAGCUUUCUGCACUUAAACGCCAGAAUGUCUGCAGGUCUUUGUCUUUUUGUUCAACAGAUGUUAAUACAGCAGAAUUAGGAGAAGAUGCUAGCAACGAUAACAAAUGUGAGAUGGAUCAACAAGGGGUUGAUGAUGUGCUUGGAUAUGAAUCCAAAGGCAUUGUGAGAAUGUCUACCAAGCAGUUGAAGUCUUUGGAAACCACUCUUGCUGGUGCUUUGAGGAGGGAGCAGAAGGCAGAAACUUCUAUCAAGAAUCUUGAAGCUGAAAUUGAAAAAUUAAAUAGUUUGGUUCAUCAAAGAGAGGAAGAAAUGAGGAGCACUAAAAUGAUGCUCAGGAUUCAAGAGGAAAAAAUUCACAGAAUGGAGUCCCUCGUUCACGGCUCAUUACCUGUGGAUUCUUUUUUAUUGGAAGAGAAUAGAGUGCUUUCUGAAGAAGUUCAGUUGCUCCAAGCUAAAGUUGAUAAAAAUCCAGAAGUAACUCACUUUUCUUUGGAGAAUAUAAGGCUUUUAGAUCAACUCAAAAGAUAUCAAGAAUUCUAUGAAGAAGGAGAGAGAGAGAUGCUCCUGGAUGAAGUAUCCAUGUUGCGGGAUGAGGUGCUUCAUCUUCUUGAUGCAAACUCCAAGCAGCAUAGCCAUCCAAACUUGAGUGGGCAAUCGCAGUUGCAAAACACAAUCAAUGAGUUAGAAGAAUGCAAGCGCAACCUUAAUUCUUGUUUGGAGGACAACGCUAAACUUCAUAGAGAAAUACAUGAUUUACGCACCAUGUUAAACGAUAUCAAUUCUUCUCCCAAUGAUCAAGAUGUCAAUUUCAUAACAAUAAAGGAUCUUAAAAAAAAUGUGGACCUGGAGCAGAUAGAUGUUCAUCAGGGCUUGAAAAUUGCUGAACAGAUUCUGGAUUUGCAGCUGGAAUUGGAUAUACUAAAGAUUAUUCUCCAAGAAGAGAGAUCAUCUUGUCAUCAAGUAGAGGAAAGAUCCAAGUGCUUGACUAGAGACCUUGAUCUGGCAGAAAAAAAGCUGAUUGUCAUGAGGAAGCAGAUUGAAGAUACAAACGGUGAAUUGAAAGAAGCAAAGGCUGUGAUUGAAGCCCUUGAGUCACAACAAAUUCUGUCAAUCAAUGAGUUAGAGGACUUGAAGAAAAGCAGCAGUCAUUUUGUAAAGCUUUUGAAUGAACAGGAACUUGAAAACAUUUCUUUGAAGAAGCGACUUGCUAAGAAGGAGUUAAGAGAUUAUCCACCAUCUGAAUGUCCUGAGAGCAUGGAGUCCAAAGUACAGCUUAAAUUCCAGAGGAUGCAAGACUCCCUUGAGAAGGCCAAGAGAAUGAAUGAAUGGUACCAAGAUGAUCGUGCUUUCCAGGCAACUAAUGCAGAUGAAAUGGAUGCAGUUCGAAGGCAGGCUGAAGCUGAAACUGCUGAGGUAAUUGUCUCUUUGCAGGAAGAACUUGCUGCUCUUCAUCAGCAAGUAGAAGCUUGCCUUUUAAAAGAGAUGGAGGCUAAAAUGACAACAACAAUCAUGGAAACUGAGUUGAAGGAGUUGCAAAAAAGACUACAUCUCUUGAGUCAAGAUAAUAGAAAGUUACUUGAAAGGGUUGAAGAGAAGGGCGUGGAACUAACAGCAUUAUCAGAGGAGUGGGUCAUGCUGGCAUCAGAAAUUGAACAUAUUCUAACUGAUGGCCAUGAGGAACUCAUUGAUGCCUCGGAUCAACUCAAUCAUAUUUCCAGUUAUUUCUCACGGAAAAGGAUUUGGAUUUCUGAUCAAGUCAGCAAGUUGAUUAGAAUCAUCUCUGAAAAAGAACUAUUGAUUGAAGAACUAGGCACAUGCCUAGAGGAUGCAAAUGAAAAAAGAAAUGAUCUGGAGUGCAUGCUGAAGUCUUUGAGAAGUGCUGUGCUGGUUAUUAAUGACGCACAUCAGCAUGAGUGCAGUGAAAAGGAGAAAGAAAUUCUUCUACUGAAGUCACAGUUGAGUAUUAAAACAUCUACCAUAGUAAAGCUGGAAGACUGAAGAUUGCAGAGGAUCACAUUAAAAAGACAUCAGUUUGUGCAACUGUCGUUUUUAUGAUUGUUAACAGAUUGUCAGAAAAGAAAGUCUUAGCCAUCUAUCUCAAUACAUUGGAGGUCAAUGAUGCCCCGCUUGGAGAAUCAGCAGAUGUAAUAUUGUGAAUGGAUGCUCUUCUUGGAGAUCAAGCUGCUGCAAAUGAAGAAAGAAAAAAUGACUCUUAGAGUUGAACUUGCGAAGUACGAGGAAAUCUGCAUUGAACUUGAGCAGAGGCUUUUACAAGAGGAGUAACGUGCUUGCAUUAUGGACCAAAGGCUAAAAGAUUUUGAAGAGAAGGAAAUUUUGGUGGAGACAGGAAAAAGUUACUAAGCUAAAAACCACUGUAUGCACACUCAGGUCAUGGCUGAGCAAAGUGAUGAAAGUCCAAAAGGAACUACUAGGGAAAUUUGUACCCCUUUUGAUGGAAAUGAUGAAAGACGGGUUAGCUAAUUCUCGUUUUCUGAUAGAUAUGCAUUUCAGAAAUUCACAUCUAUGAUGUAAAGAAAAUGUCCUGCCAGCAAAACCUCCAGCAGUGCAUUCAUAAUCACGCCAAAAGAAAGGAGGAAAAUAACAUACUAAAAAUCCAGAAUGAAGACUGCUGUACUAAAUUGCAGUUUACGGAGGUCAUGCUAUUGUGUCAGGGAAAGCGUACUCAUCAUCAUGCUUCCAUUGAUGAACAUCCUAAUAUUGAUUUUGAUGAGGAGCAACAGUUGAAAUAUAAACUGAAGGUCAGUCCACAAAGAUGAGCAAGUCUGAUAUUUAUAAACUGAGCUGAUUGUAUGCUUAAUCCAUGCAUACAGUUUCCUUAACAGAGAUUGUUAAGCUUAUGUACCAACAUUUUAAGGGUGUUUGACUGAUAGAGUAAUUGGUUUUUCUUUCUCCUAUCAUAGCCAGGAAACUCAUUACUCAUUUGAACUGAACUUCACAGGCAGCUGGAAUAACAAAACUUGUUUCCGAUAUAUAUAUAUACAUCACCUCAUGCUACUGCUGAAGAGGCACUUAAUCAUCUCAAUAACAAGGUCACCUCUCUUGAAAGAGAGUUGCAGAAUCUAACACUCAAGAGUAGAAUUACAGAGCCAGAGAAACUGAUUGUAAGGACUAUUGCCACAAUCUCCACCAAGAAAGCUCUAGAACAGAAGUGAAAUGUCAAUCUCUCAGGCAAUCAUCCCAAACUCCAGUUGUUUCUACCCUCAUCAAUAGCCUUUUGCUAACAAUCACACACUCGGUACAGAAAUUUUUUUGUGCGUUUUUAUUCAUUCACAUGGUCUCUCGGCCAAUAUUUUGUCCAAAUAUAAAUAAAAUUCAGCGGCAAUG